ACAACAACUUUGCUGGGAAGAUUCCAAGAGAAAUUGGGAGCUUGAAUAUGCUUCAGCUUUUAAGCUUGGGUAGUAACAACUUAGAAGGUGUAAUACCUGAAACGAUAUUUAACAUUUCUGCACUAAAAUAUAUACUCAUGGAAAACAAUAGUUUGUCCGGAAUUCUUCCACCAAACAUGUGUUCACAACUUCAAAAGCUUGAAAGACUUCACUUGUACCAGAACAAACUAUCUGGCAGCAUCCCAAGGAGCAUAGGCGAAUGCUCUUCGCUUAAACAUUUGAUUAUGUGGGGGACUCAACUAAAUGGACCAUUGCCAAGAGAAUUUGGAAAUUUGACAAUGCUAAUUGAUCUUGAACUUACCGAGAAUUCUUUGUCAGGAACAAUACCAGAUACAAUAUUUAAUAUUUCUACACUAGUUUAUAUAAGCAUGUCAAACAACAGUCUAUCUGGUGUUCUCCCACCAAACAUGUGCUCACGUCUUCAAAAGCUUGUAGAUGUUUACUUGUAUAAUAACAAGCUAUAUGGCAACAUUCCAAGGAGCAUAGGUGAAUGCUCUUCACUUAAAGAAUUGCUUAUGGAGAGUAAUCAACUAAAUGGGCCAGUGCCAAGAGAGAUUGGGAAUUUGACAAUGCUAGAAAAACUUGAUCUUAGUGAGAAUCCCUUGUCAGGUGAAAUUCCGAAAGAAUUGUGCAACCUUAAUAAACUACAGAUCCUUGAGUUGCAUUGCAAGUAAAUGGAUUAAGUGGUUCUAUUCCACCGGAAAUCUUCAACAUGUCAACAUUGGAAGGACUAUCACUUGCAAUAAAUAACCUUUCAGGUACUCUUCCAAAAUCUUUAGGAUAUGGGCUUCCCAAUUUACAGUACUUAAACCUUUGCCAAAACCAUCUAGGAGGAGUUAUACCUGCUCAAAUCUCAAAUGCUUCCAACCUAUUUCACCUUGAACUUUGCCAAAACGAAUUCGUAGGCCUAAUUCCAAAUUCCCUUGGAAACUUAGCACAACUCCAAGUGCUAAGAAUUCAUUCCAACAACCUAACAAGUGAUCCUCAAUUUAGCCUAAUAACUUCAUUGGCAAAUUGUAGAUAUAUCCAAGAGUUGUCUUUGUCAAUUAACCCUUUAAACAUUGUGCUCACAAAUGCAUUCGGCAACCUCUCCACCACUCUCCAAAUUUUCUACGCAGAUAAUUGUAACAUUUGGGGACGAAUUCCAAAUGAGAUUGGCAAUUUAAGUAACUUGUAUGAUUUCCGUCUAUCAACCAAUAACAUUAUAGGAUUUCUACCAACAACCAUUCAAGCUCUUCAGAGCCUUCAGACAUUCAGAGUAGCACAAAACAGAUUAAAAGGGUCAUUUCCAGAUGUGGUCUGUGGACUAGGAAAUUUGUUUUGGAUAGAUUUAGGCAAAAAUAAAUUUUCAGGUCCAAUCUCGGAUUGUCUAGGGAAUAUUUCUUCCCUCAGAGAGAUCUAUUUGUAUGAAAAUGAAUUCACUAUCUUCCCUCCUAUCCUAUGGAGCCUUCAAAAUCUUUUCAGUCUGGAUUUGCAUUCCAAUAACUUGAGGGGUUCUCUACCUCAUGAAAUCGGGAACGCAAAAACGGCAAUACUUAUUGAUCUCUCACAUAACAAACUAUCCGGGGAAAUUCCCAGUACCAUUGGAGGUUUGACAGCGUUAAUGAAUUUUUCUGUGGCUCAUAACGCAAUCCAAGGUUCUAUUCCUGACACAUUUGGAAAACUCCUGGAUACAUUCUUUAGAUCUUUCUGAUAAUAAUUUGUCCGGAAUGAUUCCCAAGUCAUUGGAGGGACUUAAGAGCAUGAAUUAUUUCAAUGUUUCAUACAACAGAUUAAUCGGAGAGAUUCCGAAUAGAGGCCCUUUUGCCAAUUUAACCUAUGAAUCAUUCUUGUCAAAUGAUGGUCUAUGUGGUACUCCUCGGAUGCAUGUCCCACCUUGUCCUGCCAAUACUCUGCGUACUUCAAAGAACAACAGAGUGGUUCUGUUUGUACUUGUCUCGUUGACAAUUCUUGUAGUGCUUAUUGUCUCUAUCGCUGUAUACUUGAUUUUCAAGAAGCGCAGGAGGGAGCUUCCCAGUGAACUUGACUUGUUGUCGAGAAUAACACCAGCAAGAUUUUCGUAUUAUGAACUCCAACGGGCAACAAAUGGGUUCGAAGAAAGCAACUUGUUAGGUCUCGGAAGCUUUGGGUCUGUUUAUAAAGGGACUUUAGCAAAUGGGAUGCAUGUGGCUGUAAAGGUUUUUCGUUUGCUAAAUGAAGGUGCAAGUAGGAGUUUUGAGGCUGAAUGCGAAGUUUUACGCAACAUUCGUCACAGAAAUCUUACAAAGGUCCUUGGCAGUUGCUCCAACUUGGAUUUCAAAGCAUUGGUGCUAGAGUACAUGCCUAAUGGAAGUCUGCACAAGUGGUUAUAUUCACACAAUUAUUUCUUGGAUAUGAUACAAAGAGUGGGUAUAAUGAUAGAUAUGGCAUCAGCCUUGGAAUAUCUUCACAAUGGUUACUCCAAGCCUGUUAUCCAUUGCGACUUGAAACCUAGCAAUGUCUUAAUAGAUGAUGAUAUGGUGGGACAUUUGAGUGACUUUGGUGUUGCAAAGCUCUUAGAAGAUGGAAAUUCUAAUGACAUUACAAACACCUUAGCAACAUUUGGUUACAUUGCUCCAGAGUAUGGACAAGAAGGUCUUGUGUCUACCCGUAGUGAUAUGUACAGUUAUGGUAUCGUGUUGCUUGAAGUUUUCACAAGGACUCAACCUGGAGAUGAAAUGUUUAAUGAAGAUUAUUUAAGUCUAAGAAGUUGGGUGCACAAUGCAUUUCCUACAAAUAUAGGUGAAAUUAUAGAUCCAAAUUUACUUAGACCAGAUGAAGAAAGGUACGAUGAAAAAUUGCAAUGUGCAUUGGCUAUUUUUGAGGUAGGCUUGAAAUGCUCAGCAGAAUCCCGUCGAGAGAGGAUGGCCAUCAAGGAUGCGUUACCAGCACUAGAAAAGAUCAAAGUUAAACUUGUUUCGCUGUAUGGGAGAACUUGAAGUAGUUAUCUUUCUUUAAAGUGCAAAUAAAAUGUGGCAGUUGCUAUUGUAGCUUUCUGCAUAUUUAUACACCUAACUUUUUCAUUUAUGCAAGAACUGAAUGUAGCAUGUAUAUAUAGCAUCUCUUAUUGUUACUUUCCUGAAAAUGGAAAUAAAAUGCAGCAGAUAGAC